ACAAUCUGUACAUACAAAAUGCAUACCCCCGACUACGUCGAGCCCGCACAGGGCAUCUCCUACUUCACUCCAGCCCAGAACCCCCCCGCCGGCACAGCUGCCAACCCUCAGACCAACGGCCAGAAGGUCCCUAAGCUCUUCCAGCCUUUCACCGUCCGCGGGGUCACUUUCCAGAACCGCCUGGGUCUAGCCCCAUUGUGCCAAUACUCCGCCGAAGAUGGCCACAUGACUGACUGGCACGUCGCGCAUCUGGGUGGAAUCGCCCAGCGCGGCCCAGGACUCAUGAUGAUCGAAGCCACGGCCGUGCAACCAGAGGGCCGGAUCACUCCCCAGGACGUCGGUCUCUGGAAAGACAGCCACAUCGCACCCAUGAAGCGCGUGAUCGAGUUCGUGCACAGCCAGGGUCAGAAGAUUGGUGUGCAAGUCGCGCACGCCGGCCGAAAGGCCAGUACCAUUCCGCCGUGGAUGUCGGGUGCCGUUGUUGCCUCUGAGCAAGCGGGCGGAUGGCCCGAGAAUGUCAAGGGACCUAGCGAUAUCCCUUUUGCUGACUCGUUCCCGAAGCCCAAGGCCAUGACUAAGGCCGAUAUCGAGGAGUUCAAGAACGCCUGGGUGGCGGCUUGUAAGCGGGCUAUUGCUGCUGGGGCGGAUUUUAUUGAGAUUCACAAUGCGCAUGGAUAUCUACUGUCGAGUUUCCUGUCGCCUGCGUCGAACAACAGGGACGAUGAGUAUGGUGGUUCGUUCGAGAACCGGAUUCGCCUUCCUUUGGAAAUUGCCCAGCUGACUCGCGAUGCUGUCGGUCCUAAUGUUCCCGUCUUCCUUCGAGUGUCUGCCUCCGAUUGGCUCGAGGAGGUGCUCCCCGAACAGAGCUUCAACGUUAACGAGACGGUGAAAUUCGCUCAGGCGCUCGUGGCGCAGGGUGCUGUGGAUCUGAUCGAUAUCAGCUCCGGUGGUGUGCACGCCGCGCAGAAGGUCAAAUCCGGUCCCGGAUUCCAGGUUCCCUUCGCCGUGGCCGUGAAGAAGGCCGUUGGCGAUAAGAUGCUUGUUUCUGCCGUUGGUGCCAUCACCAACGGUAAGCAGGCCAACCAGUUGCUCGAGGAGGAGGGCAUCGAUGUGGCUCUUGUCGGCCGUGGAUUCCAGAAGGACCCCGGUCUGGCUUGGACUUUUGCCCAGCAUCUCGAUACCGAGAUCUCCAUGGCGAAUCAGAUUCGUUGGGGGUUCACCAGACGUGGUGGUACCCCUUAUAUUGAUCCUUCGGUUUACAAGCCGUCGAUCUUUGAUUAGAUUAUGAUGUGAUGAUUUAGAGAGGUAUGAAGAGAUGUACAUAGAUUAGACAAUAUAAUAUCUAUCAUUAUAUACACAACUACAUUCUUGGCAUGUUGCCCCUGUUAGCUAAUCCUAAUCAACUCUAUGAACGCCCAGUGGAGCGCUUGUCUCCCAGUCAUUGUCCAAGCACUGGGGCUUAUUUCAACAACUAGAAGACCAGAAUACGCCUUAUCAUCCGCCGUCACAGUAUUUCAAAACGACACAUAUAUCAAGCUUUUACAGUACAUCCACAUAUGCAGGUUAACUGACAUCAGAUAUCUCCAAACUACAACUCCUGAAACAGUUCAAUAUAUGCAUAACUGCCAGUUAAUUUCCCUAUGAAUACUGUGUGCACAAGGAUGCAAUCACCAUCAUUUUAUCCGCUUCCGUGUCGAGGCCUACAGACACUAAAAUACUCCACAAAUCAAUCGACAGACGAGAGGAUCGGAGAUCCACAAAACUACAAAAGCUUAUACUCCUGCCCAGAUAUUUAAUCCCUGUAUAAGCCAUAUCGCUUGUAUUGUACCCCUGACGGACUAUCUUCCCUUUGCGCUGCGAUUACUUCAAUGACCUUAUAUGCAUAUACCCUUCAGAGAUGAAACGUUGGAAUAACGAAAAUAAAAUCACGAUUGUUCGGAUAUAUUCAAUACUAUAUUA